UAAUCUUAUAACCCUUCGGUUUACUGGCACUUAAGCCUUGCUAGCUGCGCUUAUCGCUGUCCUUACCGCAACACUACACUUCUGCCACAUUUUUUUAACGAGCGCUCGCAUAGAGCACGAUGGCACAAGUAUCUCCAGGCACCGCUUCGUCUGCGACACCGCUUACGCGUAUAGAAAUGCCGUCCUCAGUUGGUGGAGACGAAAGUUUUGGCGGCACCAGGUCUAUUCACAGCGCCUAUGUCUUUAGCGUUGAUAAGCAAAUUGGCGAGGGCACCUACGGGCAGGUGUUUAUGGGGCAUGACCGGGUAACGAACGAUAAAGUGGCGUUGAAGAAGAUCCGGAUGGACACGGAGAAGGAAGGGUUCCCAAUCACAGCAAUCCGCGAAAUUAAAAUCUUGAGCUCCUUAUCACAUCCGAACGUUGUCAACUUGCGAGAAAUCGUUCGCUCAGAAAUUCACAAAAACAACAACUUCAAGGGGUCCAUCUACAUGGUCUUUGACUACGCGGAGUACGACCUGACUGGCCUAAUGGAGUCGACCAAAUACGUCUUCACGGAGCCGCAGGUCAAGUGCAUCCUGAAGCAAUUGCUUAAGGGCCUGGCGUACUGCCACAACAACGGGGUGCUGCAUCGCGACCUCAAAGCGUCCAACAUCCUCAUCGACACGAAGGGAACGGUGAAGCUCGCGGAUUUCGGUUUGGCACGGCCGUACGGCGGCACCGAUGCGGGCUUCACAAACCGGGUGAUUACGUUGUGGUACCGGCCUCCCGAGCUGCUGCUGGGUGCGGUCAAGUACGGCGGCGAGGUGGACAUGUGGAGCGUGGGCUGCAUCUUUGCGGAGCUGCUGACGGGGAAGCCGCUCUUCCCAGGCAAGGAUGAGAUGGACCAGAUGGAUAAGAUCUUCCAGAUCAUGGGAGCGCCCACCGAGCAGGCCUGGCCGGGCGUCACCAGCCUCAACCUCAAACUCUACAAGAACGUGCCCCUGGACAAGUACCCCCGGCAGCACCGGCUGCGUGAGACGCUGCGCAGCAAGGGCGUGGGGCGGCACAUCAGCGAGGAGGCCAUCCGGCUGCUGGAGCGCAUGCUGUGCCUGGACCCCAGCAGGAGGAUCACGGCAGCGGAUGCAGUCAUGGACCCCUACAUGUGGGCUGACCCCAUGCCCUGCGAGCCCCAGCAGCUGCCCUGCCGCGGCAGUGGCCACGAGUUCACGAUGAAGAAGCGCCGCAACGACCAGCACCGGGAGCAGCAGGCGGGCCCGCCGCUGCCCAUGCCGGGGGUGCCGGGACCAGGAUACGGGGCGGGGCCGGCGGCGGCGCAUGGAGGUUACGGGCAGGGACCAGACGCCAAACGGCCGAGGUACGGUGUUCCUCCCGGUGGCCCCGGGCCGCAGCCCUACCCCGGCGGCAUGGGGGGCCACCAGCGGUCCAUGCAGCAGGGGGCCUACCAGGCAGGCGGGCAGGGAGGCGGUGCGUACGGCAGCCACGGACAGGGCGGGGCCGCAGCGGGCGGCGGUGGCGGGUACGGCAGGCAAGCGGGCAUGGGAGGUGGCGGCGGGGGAGGAGCGUACGGCAUGCCGCCUCAGCAGCAGCAGCAGGGGGGCCAGCAGCAGGGGUACGGACAGCGUCAGGACGGUCGAGGCGGGCAGCCGGGAGGGUACGGUGGCGGCGGUGGUGGUGGUGGUGGUGUACCCAUGGGUCCGCCGCACCACCCGCACCCGCACCAGGGGAUGCAGGGGAUGGGGUCUCAGGGGUAUGGGUCAC